GGGGAAAGAGAGGAGGAGGGAGACCUCUGGGCGGUAAAAUGGCGCCUGUCAGAGUGGGAAAUCCAGCUGCAGAAGCUGCAGCCCCGCUCCCCAGCGGCUAAGAGACCGCCGACCUCGGGGAGGGGGAGGCCAUUUCGGUCCAGCGCUCCGCGCCUUUCGUCUCCCCCUCCCCUUGCUACCCUGCUCUUUUCGCUCAGCCUGCCCAUUCUCUAGCCCCGGCCCUUCGCGGGCCUCUGCCCCCGCCCGCCCCUUUCCCGCGGGCAACCCCCUAGUGCGCCUGCGCAGCGGGCCACCCUCCGCUUCCCCUCCCCUCCCCCUCCCGUCUCCCUCCCUCCCUUUUCCCUAACCCCCUCCCCCACAACCCCCUCCCCCAAUUCUCCAUCCCCUUCCCUCCAAGUCUCAGAGGACCCCGUCCUUGCCCGACCUGUUUCGGCCUGCAAACUUCGCGAAGCCGUCGGUGCCCCUCCCCGCCCAUGUGGGCCCCCGCGGGCUGCCCACGCCUGUCCCCCAGAUCCCCGUUCCGCUGGGCUUUCCCCUCGCCAGGGGUGGCUUUCUGAGCCGCCCGUUCCGUGCCCUUCUCUGCAGCCUUUUCUGCCACUCGGGGCCCCCGUUCCCCCUCCCGGCGGCGGGGGGCUGCCCCCGGGGGGCUGGCUGAGCUGGGCCGCGGGGGCCCCGGGGCCGGCGGUGCCGGGGUCAUCGGGAUGAUGCGGACGCAGUGUCUGCUGGGGCUGCGCACGUUCGUGGCCUUCGCCGCCAAGCUCUGGAGCUUCUUCAUUUACCUUUUGCGGAGGCAGAUCCGCACGGUAAUUCAAUACCAAACUGUUCGAUAUGAUAUCCUCCCUUUAUCUCCUGUGUCUCGGAAUCGGCUAGCCCAGGUAAAGAGGAAGAUCCUGGUGCUGGAUCUGGAUGAGACACUUAUUCACUCCCACCAUGAUGGGGUCUUGAGGCCCACAGUGCGGCCUGGAACGCCUCCUGACUUUAUUCUCAAGGUGGUCAUAGACAAACAUCCUGUCCGUUUUUUUGUACAUAAGCGGCCCCAUGUGGACUUCUUCUUAGAAGUGGUGAGCCAGUGGUACGAGCUGGUGGUGUUUACAGCAAGCAUGGAGAUUUAUGGCUCUGCUGUGGCAGAUAAACUGGACAACAGCAGAAGCAUUCUCAAGAGGAGAUACUACAGACAGCACUGCACUUUGGAGUUGGGCAGCUACAUCAAGGACCUCUCUGUGGUCCACAGUGACCUCUCCAGCAUUGUGAUCCUGGAUAAUUCACCAGGGGCUUACAGGAGCCACCCAGACAACGCCAUCCCCAUCAAAUCCUGGUUCAGUGACCCCAGUGACACGGCCCUUCUCAAUCUGCUUCCAAUGCUGGAUGCCCUCAGGUUCACCGCUGAUGUUCGAUCCGUGUUGAGCCGAAAUCUUCACCAACAUAGGCUCUGGUGACAGCUGCUGCCCCUCCACCUGAGUUGGGGUGGGGGGGAAGGGAGGGCAAGCCCUUGGGAUGCCGUCAGAUGCCCUGUCCAAUGUGAGGACUGCCUGGGCAGGGUCUGCCCCUCCCACCCCUCUGCCCUGGGAGCCCUACACUCCAUUUGGAGUCUGGAUGGACACAUGGGCCAGACUGUGAAGCAGCCUCACUCUAACUUCGUGUUCACACUCCAUGGAAACCCCAGACUGGGACAGGUGGAGGCCUGGGAGAGCCGAAACUGUCUGGUGGAGAGGCAGGACUGGCUGGAGUGACAGACAUACCGUGAUCCAGGAGGCUCAAAGAGAAGCCAAGUCAGCUUUGUUGUGAUUUGAUUUUUUUUUUAAAACUCUUGUAAAAAAACUGAUCUAAUUCUUCACUCCUGCUCCAAGGGCUGGGCUGUGGGUGGGAGACUGGGAUUUUGGGCCACUGGAUCCUCCCUAAACUUGUCCUUCCCUUUCUUUCCCUCUAUUUUUCUCCCUAGAUUCCCUCCAACCUGUAACUAGCUUUCUCUCUUUUUUUCCCCUUUCCUCUCUUUUAAACCAUGCAUUAUAACUUUGAAACCAAA